AUGCAAGUUACAGAGCGCGAUGAAGCGUUGUCGGGUCGCAAGGAGAAAGAUGAGGCGCAGAUGAAGACUCUUGGACAUCUGCGACUACGAGACUACGAGACCAACGAGGUCAUUCUAGUUCCAACGCCCUCAUCUGACCCCAAAGAUCCUCUUAACUGGCCAAGAUGGUUUAAGCUGUACACUGCCAUUGCAGUUUGUCUCGCGAUGGUUCUGUGCAACUUCCUUGCAGCUGGUCCUACUCUUGCAAUCAUCCAGACUGCCGAAGACUUCUUUCCAAACUGGCAAGAGACCGGUCUAUCAAGUGCAAUCGCGAAAACAGCCUAUUUCUUCAACUGCACUGCCCUAUUCCAAGGCCUGGGUAACCUGUUGUGGAUGCCUCUGAUCAACAAGUACGGACGUCGCGCUGUUUACGUCACUUCGUUUACUAUCUAUUUAAUCACCGCUAUUUGGUGUGCGGUGGCUAAAGAAUAUGCGAAUUUCUUGGUCGCGAGAAUCGUGAUGGGUAUCGCCGCUGGAGCUGGAGAAUGUCUUGCCCCAAUUACUAUUGCCGAUAUCUUCUUCCUCCAUGAGCGCGGUGCCAUUACAGCUUUAUACAACGCCUCUCUCAAUCUGGGUGUUGCCAGCGGUGCGAUUAUCGAUGGUUUCAUUGUCAAGUAUCACCCAUGGCGCUAUAUCUACUAUGUUGCUAUUGCUUUGAUUGGAAGUGUCACUCUUGUUAUAUACGCUACUUUCCCGGAGACGGCAUACAAUCGACCUGUCUCCGAGAGAAGCGCCAUCACCAUGUUAACAUCUUCUGGUGAACGGGUCCAGCGGGGUAUCAAAGGAGAGGAAGGGGGAAUGUCAGAGAUUCAAGAGGUAGUAACAACUGCAGAGGGCAAGAAAGAUAGAGGAUGGCUGCAGGGCCUUAGGUUAUACCACGGCAGAUAUACCGAUGAAUCAUUGUGGCAGAUGACAAUUCGACCUGUCGGCUUGCUCCUCCUUCCUCCCGUCCUAUGGGCCACUCUUGUCAUGUCGGUUACUAUCGGAUUUAUUACAGCGAUCACCUCCAACGUCUCUUCGGCAUUUCAGACUGCAUAUGGCUUUGAGUCAUGGCAAUCAGGACUAUGCUUUGUUUCAGCCAUAAUAGGUUGUGCUUUUGGAAUCUUAUUGGGUGGCUACUUCUCUGAUUGGGUGGCCGACUAUUUCACUCGACGAAAUGGUGGUAUUCGCGAACCAGAAAUGCGCCUUCCAGCUAUUAUGGUUGGUGCUAUCACUGGACCCCUUGCAUUAGCUCUAUAUGGAUGUGGUAUCCACUGGCAAAUGCAUUGGAUUGUGCCCACUAUUGGAAUUGGUUUAAUAAAUUUCACCAUUACACAAGCAACCAACGUUUCCCUCGUGUACACCAUUGAUAGUUAUCGACCUAUUGCCGGAGAAAUUGUCGUUACUCAACUAGCGUUCAAAUCGGCAUUCGGCUUCUUGUUGGGAUUCUACACCAAUCCUUGGGUUGACAAACACGGUUACAAUGUUGCAUAUGGAGAGAUGGCUGCGAUCUGUGGAGGUGUUCUCAUCUUCUGGAUUCCCUUCUACAUUUGGGGCAAGAAAAUCCGACAAGCUACUUUGAGUUGGCCAAUCAUGAAAUGGGUACAGUGGGAUGAUGACAGAGAGGUUGGCGAGUAA